AUAUCAACAAUUCACGAUUCACCGUUGCACAUCUCCGGUUAAUUCUCUCAUCGGCUUCCGGCGAACGAAGUGUUUCUCUCCUACGAUUAGUGAGAAAAUGGCGUCUUCUUCAUCGGGCUGCUUACCACAUCGUUCUUCCCGCAUUCUUCGCCGUGAAUCUGGAGCCCAAUCGUUCCCGGUGUCUCUCCGAGCUUGAAGGAUGGGGAAGACGAAUGUAUUCUCGAAGAUUAGAUCUUUCAAUGGCAUCAACAGACCCAUAUAUGUGUUGGCUGGUUUGGCAUUUCUCAUCUCAGUAGCUACUCUGGCUAAGUUCAAUUACAUCACACCACUAAGCUUCUCUGAUCGGUUCUGCAACUCUCAUGGAAGCUUCGAAGGAGACGGCUUUAACAUCAGGAGCCAAAUGAGAAAGACGAUCGAAUCUGCCAUUUUCAAAAUCCACCAGGAAAUGGAUGAUCUCAAGGCAUUAGAAGCUUCUUCUUCUUCUCCACCAUCUGAUUCAUCGGCUUCGGGAUCCAUGUUCAGACAUGUAGCUUUUCUUGCGGAUCUUCUUUCACUUAUUCAAUCAGUUCACAUGGAACUACCAUCGUUCGAAGAAAAAUUUGUGGUGGAUCAUCCGUUGAAGAAGCAGAACGGUGACCCGGGAGAGCAUUUUAUGAGGGAAGAGAUAAAGAAAUACAUAAAGAUCAAACCGAACCGGCUUGGAAAGCAGAACUUCAUGGGAGCUAACGGGACUUUCACUUCGAUCGGUCACGCUUGUUUCGCGAUGAAGAAAGAUCUUGAAGAGUAUAUGGACUACGACGUUGGAGAAAUCUGCAACGACGACUGGAGAUUAGCUCAGAAGCUUAUGGUUCACGGAUGCGAUCCGUUGCCUAGAAGACGCUGCUUCUCUCGUGCACCGCAAUUAUAUCACAAACCGUUUCCGAUCAACGAGUCCUUAUGGAAGCUUCCGGAUAAUCGGAAUGUGAGAUGGGGACAGUAUAAGUGCAAGAACUUCGCUUGCCUCGCUAGCAACACAACAGCAAGAAAAGGGUUCUUCAAAUGCACUGAUUGCUUUAACCUCACGCACCACGAAUCGCCGAGAUGGGUUAACCGAGGCGAAAUCGAUCCAGAGACGAACCAAACGGCGGAUUUCUCGGUACAAGAAGUUUUGGAAAUCAAACCGGGAGAGAUUAGAGUAGGACUAGAUUUCAGCGUUGGCACGGGAACUUUCGCAGCGAGGAUGAAGGAACGUAACGUCACCAUUGUAACAGCAACAAUCAACCUCGGUGCUCCGUUCAACGAGAUGAUCGCUCUUCGUGGUUUAGUUCCUUUGUACUUAACCGUGAACCAACGGUUACCGUUUUUUGAUAGCACGUUGGAUAUGAUUCAUACGACGAGGUUUCUUGAUGGAUGGAUUGAUCUGAUACUUCUUGAUUUCGUGCUGUACGAUUGGGACAGGGCUUUAAGACCUGGUGGAUUGUUGUGGAUCGAUGGUUUCUUUUGUCUGAAAGAGGAUUUGAGUGAUUACAUGGAAGCGUUUAAAGCGUUGAGGUAUAGGAAACAUAAGUGGGUUGUGGUGCCUAAGAGAGAUAAAGAUGAUAAGGAAGUGUUCUUCUCUGCUGUGUUGGAGAAACCUCCAAGACCCUUUAGAUGAUUGAUCAUAUUGCAUAGUCUUUUGUGUUUACUAUAAGCAGAAGAUGUCAAAAGUGAGUAAGAUAUAGUUUGAUUACAUGUUCCUGUUAUUAUUUUUUACUAAUUAAAGAUUUUAAAGGUGUUAUUUUGUGAACCACAAAUAAAAAAAAAGGUGUUAUAUGUUGUGAA